ACCAUUUCCUUCUUAGUUUUCAUAUCAGCUUUUUACCUUCUAGCUAAAUAUCAUUCUCUUCGUCCAACUGUUGCAUUUGAUAGAAGGGAUUAAUAUGGGAUCCAAUUUUGCACAAGCACUUUCUGCAAUGUUGCUAAUUGCUUCCAUGGUGGCAGCUGUUAGCACAGCCAACAAGGAUUGGCAGCAGCGGAACUAUACUGCUGGCUGGGGUUUUAACCAUGGUCCAUAUCACCUCAACAAGACAAACGAACCCAGCAAGAUUGUUGUGGGUGGCUCUGAAAACUGGCAUUAUGGUUUUAACUAUGCAGACUGGUCUCUGAAAAAUGGCCCCUUUUACGUCCAGGACACUCUAGUUUUCAAGUACGAUCCUCCAAACAACACCACACCUCCUCACAGCGUGUACAUGCUACCAAACCUUUGGAGCUUCAUACAUUGUGACUUAAGCCAGGCCAGGAUGGUGGGUAGUCCAACUCAAGGCGGCGGAGACGGCGUUGAGUUUGUGCUCAAGAGCUGGCAGCCGUACUACUUUGCUUGUGGCGAGCACAAUGGCACUCACUGUAAAGACGGAAUGAUGAGGUUCUUCGUCUUCCCAAAGCUUCGCGGCUACUGAGAGUCUGAGACGUACGCACUCAUGCAGGAAUAGAAAAUAACUAGCUGGAUAGUCAUGCAGAUUGGUCUGGGUGGCGAUGGAGCUUAAAUAUUACAAACUUGGCAUCAAGUUUUUGACAUAUUGUAUUUCAAAUAAUUUGUUUUCCCAUUUGAUUAAUUAGUUAAUUUUGAGCAAAUAACAAGACUUGGCAUAAAGUUUUGACAUAUUGUAUGCGACCUUUGGUAUACCCAUUUCUUGUAAUACAGUACGUAGUUCAUUCUUUAUACUCACCGUACUUUAUAAAAGAAAGGUGAUUCAGUGAUUGCAUUCACAAUGUAUUGAAAUACGUACGUCAAUGGCUAGCUAGAAAAAUAUUUGAU